AUGACUGAUGGACCUAUGAACCACCUGCAAAUGCUAGUUGGGGAUGGAAAUCUAUAUAUAUGCAGGGUGAAGAAUAUCUUCAAACCAGCUUAUACUGGAAAUAGAUGGUUGAAUGGAGAUAAAGCUUACUCAAUAAAGUAUGGCUAUGACUGGCUUCAAGGGCAGCAUGAGCCUGUUCCUUGGCAUUAUAGGGUUUGGAACAGCCUGAACAUCUUUAAACAUUCAUUUAUAUAUAGUCUGGAUGGCGUACUUGAGAGACUGAAGACAAGGGAUCACCUAUUCAGAGCAGGAGCAUGCCAACAGAAUUCAUGUCUCUUAUGCGGUGUGGGGGAAGAUUCUUGUCUUCACCUGGUUUUCAGCUGUACAUCUAGCUCUCGUAUUUGUCAGCAGAUUAUGCUUUGGCUAGGUAUUAAAGUUUCUAGCUAUGAAAAUGUGUUUAUCACAUGGAAGAAAUGGGGGAGAUGGUUUAAGAGUAAGAAGCUUCAAAAGGUGAGCUAUGCUGUGCUUGCUGCCCUUGUCUACCACAUCUGGAUGAGUAGAAAUUAUACUUUGUGGAAUGAUGCAGUGAACAGCCAAUCUGGGUUGUGA